UCCACCGAAGAAGAAGUAGUAGUAGUAGGUAGCGAUAAUGCAACUUUUAUUGGAUGCCAUCCACUGUUAAACCUCACCGAAGAAGAAGUGAGGUAUCGCUUGAAAGCUGUCAGGGGGGAAAGAAGCGAAAAUACAUCAACAAAACGAUCUAGCCACUUCAUCAAGACUGGUGUGUGAGAGAUCGUUAAUAGAAAGAAAUACUUCUAAUGACUCUGUCGAUCUUGGACAAGCAUAGAGGAAUGGGCUGUGGUCCCAUUAUAGUUGGAUCUACCCCUACUAGUCCUGAGACCACACAAGGAGCCCAGCCCCAGGCCAGGCCCGAAACAUGAGAUCUUUAACCGCUGAGUAAAGAAUGAGGCCUCAGCAACCCCACCCCAGAAACACCAUCACCACUACUACUAACAUAGUCUGUCACACACCUAUUACAACUUAACCCUCAACACUUGCCCCCUGCCCCAGGACCAGCUCUUGUAUCCCCUUCCCUUCCUCACCCAACCCCCUUUCACCCCCAACCUAAUACACCCCACAGAGCAGUUUAGCCCACCUCGAGACUUGAGUCACCAGCCAAUCAGCUCCUAGUAGGCCCUGUGCGCCUCCAUCGGCGGCCCUCCCCGGCGGUGUGUUGGUGUGCGAUGGCGCGGCGGGACGCUGAGGGCUGCCGCCGGGGAUUGUGAUGUCAGAGCCCGCCAGCCCGGGCGAGAGCCAGCACGGCGCUCCCAGAUUCUUCGUGGGCUGCGAGGACGAUGAGAGCGAGGGCCUGGAGGACUACGACGGCUGCAGCAUGAGGACAGACAUGGAGCUGUACGAGGACGAUGAGGACACAGACUCGCCCCCGGAGCGACAGAUCGUGGUGGGGAUCUGUUCCAUGAUGAAGAAGUCCAAGUCUAAGCCCAUGACCCAGAUCCUGGAGCGGCUGUGCAGGUUUGAGUACAUCACUGUGGUCAUCUUCCCCGAGGACGUCAUUCUCAACGAGCCCGUGGACAAAUGGCCCCUGUGUGACUGCCUCGUCUCCUUCCACUCCAAAGGAUUCCCGCUGGACAAGGCAGUGAGCUACGCCAAUCUCCGAAACCCACUGCUCAUCAAUGACCUGAACACACAGUACUACAUACAGGACAGGAGGGAGGUGUAUCGUAUCCUGCAGCAGGAAGGCAUCGAUCUGCCACGCUACGCUGUGCUGAACCGCGACCCAGAUAAACCAGACGAGUGUAACCUGGUCGAGGGAGAAGACCAUGUGGAGGUGAAUGGGGAGGUGUUCCCUAAACCCUUUGUGGAGAAACCCGUCUGUGCUGAAGACCACAACGUCUACAUCUACUACCCCACCUCAGCGGGAGGGGGAAGCCAGCGCCUCUUUAGAAAGAUCGGGAGCCGGAGCAGUGUGUACUCACCAGAGAGCAACGUGAGGAAGACUGGCUCCUACAUCUACGAAGAGUUCAUGCCAACGGACGGGACGGACGUUAAGGUGUAUACGGUGGGGCCUGACUAUGCCCACGCUGAGGCCAGGAAGUCUCCUGCCCUGGACGGUAAGGUGGAGAGAGACAGCGAGGGGAAGGAGAUCCGCUACCCUGUCAUGCUCACCGCCAUGGAGAAACUAGUGGCCCGCAAGGUCUGCCUGGCAUUCAAGCAAACAGUGUGUGGCUUUGACCUUCUCCGAGCCAACGGUCACUCCUACGUCUGCGACGUCAACGGCUUCAGCUUCGUCAAGAACUCCAUGAAGUACUAUGACGACUGUGCCAAGAUCCUGGGUAAUAUAGUGAUGAGGGAGCUAGCUCCUCAGUUCCACAUCCCCUGGUCCAUCCCUACUGAGGCUGAGGACAUCCCCAUCGUCCCAACCACAUCUGGCACCAUGAUGGAGUUACGCUGUGUCAUCGCAAUAAUCCGCCACGGAGACCGAACUCCUAAGCAGAAGAUGAAGAUGGAAGUGCGGAAUCCCAUGUUUUUUGAAUUGUUUGACAAAUACGCUGGUUACAAGACAGGGAAAUUGAAGCUGAAGAAGCCCAAACAACUGCAGGAGGUACUGGACAUAGCUCGGCAACUGUUGCUAGAACUGGGUGAUGGAAGAGAAGACUGCGAGAUCGAAGAGAAGAAAUCCAAACUGGAGCAGCUGAAGACUGUUCUGGAGAUGUAUGGCCACUUUUCUGGGAUCAACAGAAAAGUGCAGAUCACCUACCUGCCCCAUGGGCAGCCCAAAACAUCCAGCGAGGAGGAAGACACACGUGAGGAGUGCCCUUCUCUGCUGCUGGUGUUGAAGUGGGGAGGGGAGCUGACCCCAGCAGGCAGGGUACAGGCUGAAGAGCUGGGCAGGGCCUUCCGCUGCAUGUACCCCGGAGGACAAGGAGACUACGCUGGGUUCCCUGGCUGCGGGUUGCUACGGUUACACAGCACGUAUCGACACGACCUCAAGAUCUACGCGUCUGACGAGGGCAGAGUGCAGAUGACCGCCGCAGCUUUCGCCAAGGGUCUGCUGGCGUUAGAGGGAGAGUUGACGCCCAUCCUUGUGCAGAUGGUGAAGAGUGCCAACAUGAACGGCCUGCUGGACAACGACAGCGACUCGCUCAGCGGCUGCCAGCACCGCGUCAAGGCCCGUCUCCACGAGAUCAUGCAGAAAGACCAGGAGUUCACCGAGGAGGACUACGAUAGGCUGGCCCCUACAGGUGCAGCCUCUGUGGUUAACUCUAUGAGGAUUGUGGAGAACCCUGUGAUGACAUGUGACCAGGUCUACACACUCAUCCAGAGUCUCACCUCCCAGAUACGCAAGAGACUAGAGGACCCCAAAUCUGCAGACCUGCAGCUGUACCACAGUGAGACUCUGGAGCUGAUGCUGCAACGCUGGUCCAAGCUGGAGCGGGACUUCCGGAUGAAGAGCGGCCGCUACGACAUCAGCAAGAUCCCGGAUAUCUACGACUGCGUGAAGUACGACGUGCAGCAUAACGACACGCUGGGCCUGGAGGACACACUGGAGCUGUUCAGGCUGUCCCGAGCCCUCGCCGACAUCAUCAUACCACAGGAAUACGGCAUUAACAAAGUGGAGAAGCUGGACAUAGCGUACGCCUACUGCCUACCUCUGGUCAAGAAGAUCCAGCUGGACCUCCAGAGGACCCACGAGGAUGAGUCAGUCAACAAACUCCAUCCACUGUACUCUCGAGGAGUGAUGUCACCAGGUCGCCACGUGCGGACACGUCUGUACUUCACCAGCGAGAGUCACGUCCACUCUUUACUCAGCACCUUCCGCUACGGAGGCCUGCUUGACGAGGAGAAGGACCAGCAGUGGAAGCGGGCGAUGGACUACCUUGGUGCCGUUUCUGAACUCAACUACAUGACUCAGAUAGUAAUCAUGCUGUAUGAGGACAACAACAAGGACCCGUCGUCAGAGGAGCGUUUCCAUGUGGAGCUUCACUUCAGCCCUGGGGUCAAAGGUUGCGAGGAGGAGGAGAAAGCACCAAUGGGCUUCGGCUUCCGUCCCGCUUCCGCAGAGAAUGAUGAGAAACAGACAGACCCUGGCAGCUUGGAGGAUCUAUCACGUGACGAGCCCGACCGGGCCCUACCACUCUCUGACCCAAUGGGCAUCCACCGGAGAUCCCCUCUGAUUCGCAACCGCAAGACUGGGUCUAUGGAGGUCCUGUCGGAGACGUCUUCAUUCAAAGCAGGCAGCUACCGUCUUUUCCCCUCCUGCUCUCGCCAGUCCCCUGAGAUGAAGCAGAGUGGUCUAGGAUCUCAGUGUGCGGGACUCUUCAGCACCACUGUCCUGGGAGGCUCCUCUAGCGCCCCCAACCUGCAGGACUACGCGCGCACACACCGGAAAAAGUUCUCCUCAGGCAGCCUGUCCUAUAAAGACGAGUUGUUGUCUAUGCCGGCAGUAAAGAGAUUUUCUGUGUCGUUUGCAAAGCAUCCGACUAAUGAGCCCUUGGAGGAGCACCACGUGGCCCAGCUGUUGAGGCGCUUCUCCACUGAUGCCAGCCUGUGCCGCCCUCUCUCUCUGGACGGGGCGCUGGCCCACCACCUCAACCAGUGCUCCUACCACCUCCGCCUCUUCCGUAACUGGCUCAUCUCUGGCCAAGACCCCCUAGAGUACUUCUACGGCUUUGAAGGCUGCUCCAUGGUGCCCUCCAUUUACCCACUGGAGACGUUGCACAACUCGCUGUCCCUCAAGCAGGUGGAUGAGUUCAUCACCGCCGUGUGUGAGACUGGUGGAGAUGCCCACUCCAGGACCACAAGAGCUCUGUCGGCCAUGUUUGACUCUCAGAACCAGCCAUUGGUGGACUCCUACAUGCCUCAGAGAGUCCUCUCCUCCUCCGUAUCCCCCCGACAGCGCUCUGACAGACCUCCCUGGUACAGCAGCGGUCCGUCCAGUACGGUGUCCAGCGCUGGCCCCUCCUCCCCCACCACGGCAGACGCCUCCCCCCAUUUUAGCUUCAGCGACAAGACGCCCUUCACCCCCCAGAACAGCGAGGAGAUCCACUCCUGCCAUCACAACACAGGCCAGCAGGCCCCUACUGCUGGCCCCCAAACCCCCAAAUUCUCCAAUCCCACCAGCCCCAUGGAGGAACCGACCACCCCCUGCCAGACACCCCCAGAAGACAAUCCUGAGGCCCCAGCCACCCCCAGCCACCUGCCCCUGAGUGUAAACUCUGAAACAAGGCAGGAGGAGCCAGGCGAGUCCCCUGCUUCAACUGAGGCCACUUGCAGUGAAGUUCUGGACCUCAACCCAUUGAGCCCGCCAUCUUCCCCACUGGCAGACCUCUCUCUGGGCCGUAUGGACGGAUACCUCCCCGGUUCUCUCCCGGUGCUCCUGGAGCUCAGAGAGAGUGGCAGUGAGGCAGGAUCCAGCGCACAGACGCCCCAGUCCCCAGAGGGGCCUGACGAGUUCUUUGACACCCAGGAGACGGUGGAGAUGUGGAGGGGCAGCACGGGGAGCCUCCCCCAUCCUGGGACGCCACUGGAGGUGGGAGCCCCUCACGCGUCAGAGGCCUAGGUGGGGGCUCAGAGAACCAGAGAAGGAGCCUAGGUCUUCUAAGAUGCUAGAAGGAAGUAAGGUAGAACUUCUAGGGGCUGGAAGGAGGCUUCCAGGAAGCCCUUAAACUCUCCUCGGCCAGUUCCAUGUGGUGAACCCCCAGUGGAGCAUUCUAGUGACCUAGUCUAAGACUAAGCCCCUGUGGCUUGUAACUUAUGUCUGGUGAAUAGUGGAUCGGGCUGCUGCUUCUUAGUGCUUCUCUACCCUGGUCGUGUUCAUUAGGCACAGAAACGGAGGAAAAGGGCCUGAAAAAGGGAGAGACUUCCUGGACUUGUCCAUUAAGAUACGCGCAUUUUCUAUUUCCAUUACAAAACGUUUUAAAAUGUAAUGAACACGACCCCAGUCUCUAUCCCACAGCUGUCUGUGAACCAGCCGUUGUAGGAGAAGUCAGUGUGACCAUAGAACUACCACCUAGUACAGUACAGCAUCCUUAUCAGGACUGUCAUGUAUGGAUGUUUUUGUCCUGGUGUCCGAUAGAAAGCCUCUUGUUCUGAAGAGAAGCUUUGAUGUUGCUGAUGUAAACAGUCUAUAAUGGGUGACAUCUUCUAUCCACUGAACAGCCCUCAGUGUGCACCAUUGUGGAGAUCUCGCCAAAUAUAACUGAAACAACAUUUAAAUUUGACAGGUGGGCUCGCAUAUUGCAUCAUGUACAUCGCUACAUACAUACCGUUUACUAUAGCUAGAAUCGCAGCAUGUCCACCAACUCAUGGACAUUGUAAAAGGAGAUGGUUUGAGAGAAAUCUCACUUCAAGUAUUGUGAGUAAUACGUUUAUUUUUCCUGCUGGGAAAUGUACACGUCAAAAUGUGUUUAUGUUGUGUUGCAAUGUAAUUUAAACACAAUUUCAUCAAGUUCGGCUUCGGCAAACACAAACAGAGCCGUUUUGAAAUGCGUUUUCAGUUGGCAACUUUAUUGCAAUAUAUUGAAAUCAUGGUCUUGUCACACAUUGAAAUGAUAAAUGCACCACAUGACUGGUCUGUGACAUUUCAUCAAACAGAAGAUGUCACCCUGUGUGUUUCCCCAGUUGUCCUAUUCUAGGCUUUCCUCUCCCUGUGAUGGUCUGUAUCACCGUUAAGGUCUGUUCAGUUGAUAUGCGCCACAAAUGUAUUGCAUCGAGCCAACAAGAGCCACGGUAGGCUCUUUCCUGUUACCACGCUGCGCUCCGAGAUAAAGUCCAUUAAACUGAUCUUGCGCUGCACCCGACCAAGCAGCGCUCCGCACCUUGUGCCAAUCAAGUGAACGGGCCUUAGAAACUCCUGACUAGCAGCUGAGGUCUUUUCUUAGGGGUAAAGAAGAUCUCCACUACAUGUGUGGUGAGAUUUAUUAUUUCCGUUUCCUCUUUUGAGAUUCAAUAUACUCAAAUCCUAGCCUGGUCCCACACUGCACAGAUGUAGGAUCUUAAUUUGAGCCAAUUUGCUACAGCAGAAAAAUCAUCCUGCAGGAACUGGAAAUGUGGAUUAUAAUUAAUGGACUAUUUUGUAGGGGGUCAUUUGAUACAUUUUUAAGUGGAAAUCACAAACUUCAGAAUCCUUUUUAAACAUCAAAUAUGCUACACAAUUUACAUUUCCUGCAAUGAAAGUUCUCCUGCAACAUCGUGAUCAAAUGAAGAUCUUACAUCUUAUGUGCUGUAGCUAGCUCUUCUAUUGUUGUCAAGCCAUACAUGUUGUCACGACAAUGAACGCAAACACACAGGAGUUGGCUAAAGCACAAACGGACUGGAGCACCAGGCUACUAUCCCUCUAGCCCCGGUUUGAAAGCAUCCCCUAGUCACUUCCCCUAGCCCCUGAAGGACCUGCAUAGGAGGGAGCAGUACUCUACUGACUGUAAAAAUAAUCAACGUUUGAUUCGAUCACAACUUGUGCACUGCUUUUUUUUGCCAAAUUUCUUAAACCUCAACUACCACUUUAAUAUAAGUAAUCAUAUAGAAACCAUAUGACGAGAGAGAUCUAUAUUUAACUUUGAAUGACACCUAGUGAGGUGAUAUUUUUAAUGCAGAGCCAUCAGAUUUAUUAACCGUUUUAACUUGUAUCAUAGCAACUGUAUAUUUUUGUAAAGGAUCACCUCAAACAUUGCUGUAUUGCUUUUUUUUUUUGACUGAACAAAAGAGGUCGGGGUAUUUUUGGAUGGUUCUCUGUGGUUCCAUUGCGUUAGACAGUUUUUGUUGCAGGGCCUGUUCUGUGUGUGGACUGUUAUCAGUGUGUGUGUGAGAGAGUAAAUGAGAUUCUGUAUUUGACUAUUGGGGUUGGUGCAGUCGUAUCGUGAUGUACUGUAGAGAUGAUUAUUUCUGUCACGUAACACAAUUUAAUGUCAGUCAAAGAAUGAACAACACUGCUGCUGCAUAGAAGCAACAUUAACACUGUAAUCUGGCAUUGUUUCAGUGGACAUGUACAGAUGUGUGUCAAAAUCUAAACAAUGAAACUAUCUGAUUGUGUGUAAUACCUUUGGUCUGUGUCUCUGGCCUACAGUAGUGGUUAGUGUUGUCUGUUGUAAAGUGUUUGCAACAUUUCAUCUGCAAUUCAGGAUGCUAAACUACACUGAAGUGCUGUAUCUGUUAGGUUUGGAAAGAGAUUGAUUAACCCUUUUUGAGUCAUCUUUUUGAAGGAGUUGGAAAGUGAGUAGAUAAAUGAAAUAGCGUAAUGAAGAAUUCCCUGUUUAGCUGCUAUGCACUUCUAAACUCUUCAUGAACGCUUUUACGAAUGAAAAAUGCACUUAAAUGCUUUUGGAGCUCAGUGAUUUCAGACUUUUAACUUAAAAGAUUCAGCUGAGAAAACACACUCUGCUUUAAUUUCUAUGCUAUUUGCUGUGUGGGGUAAUCAACUCAAUGGCUCUAUGGUUUCUACAAAUGCGCUUUAUUUCUCUAAAGGAUGUUCUGAAUAAAAUGUCCUGUGAAAUGA